UGUUAGCGACUGCCUCUCAAAAACGAAUGACAAUUGACUAUAAAAUUGUGACAUUUAAAUUUGAUUACCAACCUGCCGACAAAAAUCCCAGUCACUUGUUAGUUAUCUUAAUUAUUAACGCUGGUGGCGACCUCUUUGACGCCAUCACCGUUGCUCAAAAAUUCUCCGAAGAAAAAGCCGCUCUCAUGAUAAAUCAUCUAGUAUCCGCUUUGGCGUAUUUACAUAAUUUGAAUAUUGUGCAUCGAGAUGUCAAACCCGAGAAUUUGCUCGUGGAAUUCGACGGCGAAAAUCAUUUUGAAAAAUUGCAACCAGUUGAUUGAAACUUGUAUUCUUAAUCACAGGAUAAAACUUACUUUUUCGU